UCCUCAGCACAACUUCCUCCGCGACGCACACUUCAGCACAUGCAGCCAUGGCCAGACUCGACGUCACCGAGACCUUCCGCCAGAUCACCUUCCCUGGGCACCUGCACACUCAGGAGUCCCUGAGGUACGCCACGGACUUCCAGUUCAGGGACACGGACACACUCAUUGUCACCUACCCCAAAUCCGGGACCACAUGGAUGCAGCAGGCUCUCACGCUGCUGUUCAGCCGAGGGGAUGCCACCCUCGCCCAGUCUGUGCCUAACUGGGCCCGCGCCCCCUGGCUGGAGCAGUACUACUGCCCCGAGGUCCUGAAGGCCGCCCAGGGCCCCCGCAUCAUCACCACCCACCUGCCCCACCACCUGCUGGCCCCUGCCCUCCAGGGCUCCAAGGCCAAGGUAAUCUACGUGGCCAGAAACCCGAAGGACGUCGCCGUGUCAUAUUACCACUUCCACAAGAUGGCGAACUUUCUGCCCCAACCUCGCUCCUUCGCCGAGUUCCUCGACGAGUUCAUGGCCGGCACGCUGCAUUAUGGGUCUUGGUUCGAGCACGUGAGAGGCUGGACCCGUACAGCAAAAGACAAUUCGAACUUCUUCUACAUCACCUACGAGGACAUGUGGCAGGACCUGAGAGGCUCGCUGGCGCGGAUCGGCACUUUCCUGCAGUGCCCCCUGGAGGCCGAAGAGUUGAACAGCAGCCUGAGACACUGCAGUUUCAGCAGCAUGAAGGACAACGCCAUGGUCAACUACACCCAGAUCCCCGAUGAGAUCAUGGACCACAGCAAGGGGCAGUUCAUGAGGAAAGGUAAAAUCGGAGACUGGAAGACCAUGUUCACAGUGGAGCAAAGUCAGCGAUUUGACCAGGUCUUUCAGUCCGAGAUGCAGGGCUCGCAGCUGAGCUUUGUGUGGGGGUGUCCGGGGCACCUUGAGCCCGUCGAACCCCUGGAAACUCGGACCAGUGUGGAGAACCCCAUCGUCAGCGUGGCCUGAUCAUCCUGCGGCAUCUCACUUUCCACCAUUUUAUGACUGUUAGCACACUGUAUACCUACCUGAGAGCUAUCCACUCUGUGCCCCUCACCAAUCUGUCAGAAACCUCUUUCUUUUACAUUUGUUAUUUAGCUGCUGCUUUUAUCCAAAGCAACUUACAGUUGAUUAGACUAAGCUGGAGACAAGCCUCUCCUGGUGUAAUGUGGGGUUAAGAGCCUUGCUCAAGGUCCCACAACAGCUGUGCAGAUAUUAUCUCACCACUGAAAUUUAGCAUUUGUUCACUUGACCUUUCUUCAGAAUAGUUUUUUACUUUCUAUAAUAUUUAUUUUUUAAAUAUUGUCUGCCACUGUCUAUGUUUUAGAGAAAUGUGUCUACUUGUUUUUGACAUUUUGUGAUGUGCAAUAUGCUGUAUGUGUAAAUAAGUUGAAGGUAAUCCCUAUAUUAAAUUAUUGACAUAUUCA